AUGAGCAUUCCCACCACCCGCCGCGCCCUCGUUUUGACCCCGGAAACCAAGUCGGUCACGCUGAGAAGCCUGCCGAUUCCGGAACUGAAGCCGGGAGAGGUGCUCGUCAAAGUGAAAGCGAUCGCACUCAACCCUAUUGACUCGCUGUAUGUCGAGCAUCCUAUCGCUGAGCAGGAGCGUGUGAUCGGUACAGACUUUGCGGGCGAUGUCGUCGCCGCAGCGGAUGACCUGGCUUCCAACCCCGAUUCACGGACGAAGCCGGGAACCCGCGUCUCUGGCUUCUUGCAAGGAGGUAGGCACGACUCUACCGACACAGCUGACCCCAGCCUGCUCCGUCAACUUCAAGACGGGCGCCUUCACGGAGUUUCUUGCGAUCCCGUGGGACCUGGUGUGGGAUUGGAUAGGCAGGGUCUGUCGCUUCCCUUCUCUCCCCAGCCCACCGAUACGGCAGGCAAGACGUAUGUGAUCUACGGCGCCUCAACAAGUCUGGCCAUGUACGCCGCGCAGCUUGCCCGAGCGCUCGAUCCGGCCGUCACGCUUAUCGGCGUAGCAAGCAAAGGGAAGCACGACUUUCUGCGCCGUGAGUUUGGCUACGAUUACCUCUUCGACUACCGCGACAAUGACUGGGCGGAGCAGAUUGCGGCUCUCGGGCCGGUAGACUACGCCUUUGACGCGAUCACCGAGGGCGACUCGACGAAGAGCCUCGACCGUAUCCUGGCAGAUGACGGCAAGCUCGUCGUGUUCCGUUUCCCGAAGGGCGAGUUUAAGCACGAGCCCGUGUACGGAGCCGCAGCCCUGCAGAUCCCGGCCGACCCGAAGAAACGCGAGUUCGCGACCAAAUUCUAUGAAUGGCUGUCGGAGACGCAUGCUUUGAAAGCGAAUCCCAUCAGACGGAUGCCUGGCGGUCUGGAGAAGGUCACGGAAGACGGCUUUGUGCUCCUCGGCCCGCAGUGGGUGUCAGAGCGCGCCAACAUCGAUCGCAAGGAAGACUACAUGAAACCGAUCAGCGGUGAGAAGCUCGUGUACACCAUUCCGUAG